UAACUUUUUACCAGCUCUAUAGAACACGAUGAAGGGUUUGUUCAAAUGUCUUGCCCUAUUGGGGCUUGCUGUUUGUUCCACGUUUGCAUAUGAUGCUACAACGGAAGAUGAUGGUAGUCAGGCAAUUCCGCUUCGAACCCAUUCUAUUUAUAUGCCUUAUAUUGAUCAAGACUUUCAAAGUCGAUGGUUUGAUUUUGGUGCUGAUACAGUGAUCAAUACUAACAAGCACGUUAGACUGACCUACGAUCGACCAUCCCAGACUGGCUGGUUAUGGAGUCGUCUGCCCAUAACUUCUACAAAUUGGCAAGUAGAAUUCGAAUUUAACAUUGAUGGACAACAUCCGACUCUUCAUGGCGAUGGAAUGGCUGUAUGGUUUACAUCGGAACGUGCCAAAGUUGGUCCUGUCUUCGGAUUCAUUGAUAAGUUUGAAGGACUUGGUAUCUUUUUUGAUACAUAUGCCAACGCCAGACAUCCCCAUUCAUUCCCUUACGUCAUGGCCAUGGUUGGUGAUGGUACAACUGAAUAUGAUCACGAUAAUGAUGGUAAAAAGAAUGAAGUUGCGGGAUGUGAGGCUGAUAUAAGAAGUAAACAAGUAGCAACCAAGGCACGAAUAACUUAUUAUAAAAAUACUUAUCUUGAGGUCAAAUUACAAUAUAAAGCAUGGGAUCAAUGGGAACCAUGUUUUACCAUUCCUAAUGUUACUAUUCCCUCAGUUGCUUACCUUGGUUUCACUGCUUUAACAGGUGAAGUUAGUGAUAACCAUGAUAUUAUUAGUGUUACAACAAAUAACAUCGUCUCUGUGCCACCAAGAUCUUAUAAGCCAUCUAUACGCCAACAAGAUCCUUCGUCUUCAAGUUGGUUUGGUCUAUUAUUCAUAUUAAAACUUAUUGCGACCUUCGCUUUUCUUAGUGUCUUGGUUCUUGUUUACAGAAUGUACAAGAAUCAAUCAAAUAAAAGGUUCUAAACUUCUAAUUAUUUUAUUGAAUAUUUUGGUAUAUUAUGAGUAAAAAAAAAAAAAAUUAAUAAUAAUUAAUUCUAGAUUAGAUAAAAGUAAUAAAAAUAAAAAUUGCUUUUUUAUUAGU